CGCCGCCCGCCUCCUCACUCUUGCAAUCUGCUCCUCCCCAUCUUUUCUCUCCUCUCCUCUCCUCUCCUCUCCUCUCCUCUCCUCUCCUCUCUCCGCUCACCACACUCUUGCACUCCGCCCGCUGUAUCCCCAUCCGCCUCUCCUCUGUAAUAUCCUUCCACAUCUGCUGUGCUUUUUCUACUGUGUUCAGGGCAACACUUCAUCCCCCGCCGUGAUCCUCCUCAACCCUUCAAUUCAACCCAAAAUCUUAUGUAUUCCCACCCGCGCUUCCUAUCAGACACAACAGCUUUUCUCCCUGGUCGGAAACUAUAGCCGGAUUACUUGUUUUACGUGCAUUCGAUAUUUCUACUCAUCUGGUUGUUCUCCACCUCCGUCCACUUCGGUUCAGUGAUCCGCUCGUCCCACUGGACGCAUGCCUUCUGGGGAUGCUCCUUCGCCUCCCCAAAAUAAAUCAUCUUCGUCAGCUUUUGCAGAUGUCUUCAAGUCAUUAGCAAGUGGCCGCCCUAAAUCACAAUCACCUGUACCGCAUGGAAACAGCAUUGGCGACGCCUUGCCACAGGAGAUGGAAGGCCGGAGGGGUAGUCGAGUCACGUUCGGUUUCGAGUCGUUGCAUCGCGGGAGUGGAUCCGCAGCACCUAUCCCGGAUCCUCAAGAACCCCCCGAUUACGACGCUUUACACAAAGGGAUUAGCCAUGAACAUCCAAUUUCCAGCGCACUUGAGGUAGCAGAAACUGCGUCUCGCUCCUUACACUACUUCAAUGCGGACCAGGCAUUGUCACUGUGGGAAGCGGGCAGCUAUCUUAUCGACUGUUCCACCUCAGCAGACGCUCGAAAAGCCGGCUCUAACCUUCUAGAGGCCAUAUGCCGUCGACAAGAUCUUUCUUUGCCGGCUCGUCAAAUUCUAUUCCAUUGUAUUUCACAAUCCUUCCAGCCAGAUGUCAUCCCAGCACAAGUGAACGCCUUAAUCUCAUUGUCAGACCAUGGGAGGAAGUUAGACUUUACGGAUAAGCCGGUCUUGCUCACCAUUGCCGCUUGGAUAGUUCCUCUAUAUAAUGCAGUUGCCUCGGCGCGUUCAAAAUUGAAAAAGUCGAAGACGGCCCGCCAAAACAGUACCGGAUUAAAUGAUGGCAUUUUGGGCGACCUGUUUCAAUUGGUCGUUGAUAUUAUUACUUUGCAGCGCCACCCUCCAAGUCCGGAGGAACUCGGGCCACUCUUAGACCAGAUUUUUAUUAUUUGCAAGCAAACAACUGCUGCUAAUGACAUCAAAAACUCGCUUUCCGUUUUUGAUGCGAUUAUCCACACCUCGGACAUUCCAGACCCAAGUCUCAACGGCUUGUUGGAGGUGCUGUGUAGCAUUCAUGCAUCCGUUAAGUCUUUGGCUGGUCCCACAUCGCGAGCAGUCCGUAACUUGGCAAAAUCUCGGAAACAAUCAGAAAUGGUUUCUUUACUACAUGCCUUCCUUCUUGAAACAUCUGAACGUCAAGAUCGAAACCUCAAUGUGACUCGCGGCGCAGUGGAUAUAUUUAGAGAUUUGUUGGCUGCUUAUGGCCAAGAUGGGAUGCCGACUAUAUCCUUUGACGCACUCAUCGCCUCUCUCCACAGUGCGGCUAAAAGGCACGAUGGUCGUAUUAAUACUGAUAUUUUGGAUGUAUGCUUGAGUAUGAUACAGGGCGAAUAUACGUCAACGACUUUGCAGCAUUCCUGGUCAGACUUCAUUCGCCUAAUCCUCAUAUGUUCUCAAAGGGUCUUAGAUGCACAUAUUCUGCCCCCCAGUCCCGACCCAGCUAUUAUGCGACAAACUUCACCCCAACGGGCUAUUACGGUCGAUGACUUGCAGUUGAAUAUAUCUGCAAAUAUCGGCCGUAUCCUUACUGCUAUCGAAUCUCUUUGGCCUAAGUUAGAUGAACAACAGCGAUUUAAUUCGAGCAAUCUAUUUUCUGUCGCCCAUUCUCAAUUAAAUCCAUCACAAGCCCACCUUUACUUCGAAUUUUGCAAAACCGAACGGCUUGGUUAUCCCGAACGCCCCGAAUGGAUUCAUUUCUGUCGGGAGCUUGUUAAAAUUUUCAUUUUACCUCAAGAGAAGAACAUGGAAGUCCGCAUGCAAGCCCUUAGCACAUUUGAAGACGCCUAUACAUCAUCCGAAAAUGCCGCCCGCCUAUUCCACGAGGAAGGUUUUAUACAGUCCCUACUUGUUAAAUUUACGGAAGAACGUUCAUAUCAUUUCCUCGAUGCAUUGGUGUCGUUCUUAGUAAAAGCAUCUAAAAACUGCAAUGAGGACACUUUUCGGUUGUUGGUGGAAACAUUUGGCUCUCACAUUUCAAAGGAUGAGGACAUUAUCGAGCAAAUUUCGCCAUUAUCGGCUCCGGCCCCUUCUCAUUCUACAUCAAGGCCUGUUUCAUCUACAAACGGAUCGGAGGCAUCACUGUCCAAUGUUGCGGUUAUUGGCUUGGUUAGAAUAUUUCUCAGAUCGCUCAAGGACGCACCAGUGAAUGCUGGAAUUAUUUAUGAGAAGCUGCUGGAGGUCGCCCAAUCACGAAGUAGACAGACUGAUUCGCGCCUAACUGCUCUCAAAUUACUUUUCCGGCUCCGUUGCGACUCAGCCGGCGCCAUCUAUGUGACGUCCGCGACUGAGAAUGAAUUCUUGAUUGCUGUAUUAUGUCGGGCAAUUGACCUUUCGUCGAGGACAAGUGUUAACGACGAUUCUGCCUCAGAACGUACAUCAAAAACAGAAGAGAACUCGCCAUUGAACCAAGGUGGUAGAUUGUCGCUGAAAGAACCAGGAUCUGGAUCACUUUCCACCUCUGGUGUCCGAACAAGCACCCAACUUCGGACUUUGAAAUGGACGCCGCCUAUUUGGACUUAUGCCGAACCAAGAGGCCUGCCUGAAGAACCCCCAUCGUUUGCCAGCCCUCACACUGUUGCAUAUUUGAAUAACCAUAUGACUGGCCAGCCGGAUGAGACGCGGAAAAUUCCUCUUAAGAUAAAUCUAUGGCUGGAAACAAUCAUCUCUCUAUUUCAACAGGAGAAAGACUGGGACGUGUACAGCUAUGUGCUAGCACAUCUUGGCCCUCAACUAAUCAACAGGGACCUUUUCCAGAGUGCAGUCCCCCAAAUCAAGCUCCUGCGCAGCGUCCUCUGUGAACAAAUAAAGAACGAAAGCUUUCUAGAGCCCCUUGGCUGGACCGGCGUGAAGAAGGCGGAUAUUGCCCUUUGUAUCCUCGACUCCCUUACUAUGCUAAUCAGUUUUCAUCAACACUUUGCCAAAAGCGAACAGGAUGAGAUUGUAAGGACAUUUAUUCACGGUAUCGGUUCCUGGGAAGGAACAUCGCGUGGUUGUAUACAUGCUUUGUCUGUUUGCUGCCAUGAGAUACCCCUUUCAGUUACCAAAGCUCUGAGCCCUAUACUCGAUAAGAUGUCGAAAAUAAUAACUCGAUCAAAUAUUGCUGUUCACAUUCUUGAGUUUUUGGCACUGCUAGCUCGAUUACCCGACGUCUACGUCAAUCUGCGAGAGCAAGAAAUACGCCCCUUAUUCGGCAUUUGUGUCCGAUUUAUACAAACGUCCAGGGAGAGAUACAAGUCUGGCGAUCCUUUGAGUUUUAGGUCGAGUUCGUUACCUUCGCGACUAAGUGGAGGGCUUAAAGACCUAGCUUCGAAUCAACCCGCUGAAUCCACGGAGUCGACUCAAGCCGAUGACCUGUCGAAAUACGUCUACAUUCUAACGUACCACGUCAUGGUAUUCUGGUUCCUUUCUCUCAAACUCCAAGAUAGAGUGAAUCACGUGAAUUGGAUUUCCAAGCGCCUAAUCUUUAUGGACGAGCAUGGGAAUGACGUAGUUGAUGAGCAAAGCCAGGUGUUUAUCGAUUUUAUGCAGCGAGUAACAUUCUCAGACUUGGGUGACACAAUCCCUUUCGAGAAAUUCCCCCCUUCUGACUCAGACGGGCCUGUUAUCAAGAAGUCUUGGAUCGUUGGAAUGAGCAUUGUUACCAUCGAAACCGCAGGCGCGAGUGGAUUGACACAGAUUACGAAGCGACAAGCCUCAGGAACCACAUACGCUACCUAUCAACAACGAACCGCGCCAGUUCUUCCGCAUCAGAUACCAGCACACCCUGGAUCUCACUCACUCAGCGAUGACCGGUCUUCGCGGACUGCAAUCUUCCCAGGCCAUGUCCUCCUUCAGAUGACAACCACUGCAAUGCCCAUGCCAACUAGCAUGCAGCCUAUACCACUACCAGACGAUGACUUUACUCGCCGGGCAAUCAGUUCAUUUGACAGGAAUGACAUUGUGGAUGGGCACAAAAUUGGUGUCAUUUAUAUCGGCGAAGGUCAAACCAACGAGGUUGAGAUUCUUGCUAACGUAGCAGGAAGUCCGGACUACGAUUAUUUUCUCUCAAGUCUUGGAACGAAGGUCUCAUUAAAGGAUGCUAAAUUCAACACCCAGGGAUUGCACAGCGGCGACGAUGGUGAAUUUACCUACGCAUGGCGCGAUCGAGUGACAGAAAUUAUCUACCACGUUGCGACAAUGAUGCCAACGAAUCUCGAGGCUGACCCGCAGUGCGUAAACAAGAAACGACACAUCGGCAACAGUUUUGUGAACAUCAUUUUCAAUCACUCGAACCUUGCCUUUAACUUCGAUACCAUCCCAUCGCAGUUCAACUUCGUCAAUAUCGUAAUCAGCCCCGCUUCCCGAAUCAGCCCUACCCACAGACGUGAUUCCGAGCACGAGUUCACCGAUACCCCCGAUUUCAGCAAAACCUUCUACGUCGUGAAGGUUAUGACCAAGUCAGAUUUCCCAGAACUAUCCCCCUCUGCAAUACCCAAAGUUAUCUCCUGCAAGAAUCUAGCCUCGUUCGUCCGCAUCAUCGCACUCAACGCUUCGUUCUACUCGCUAGUCUCGAGUCGCGAUUCAGGCGAGCACCUCUCGUCUUGGCAUAACCGUCUCCGUGAGAUCAGACGGCUACGCGAUCGCGCCAGUGCAUCAGCGUCAGCAUCACAACUUGCGCACGGAGGGGUGGAGGGCAGUACUGAUGGCCCAGGUGAAAGCGGCUCGUAUGCGUCGUACCGGCGGAAUACGAAACCUAUUAUUCAACCUGAAGAAAUGACCACUUAUGCUACCGGAAGGCCGGCCCCUUUCUCAGAAUGGGCACCGCAACCAGAGACCAGUGUAUUCUCCAGCUUGGACUUUUCACGAUGGAGUCGAUGAUGAUGCAUCGAAAAGAAAGACAUGAUGAUGUACAUACAUGGUGACAAGUUGUAAACAUACAAUUUGCCCCAGAAAAGAAAAAGGACCGAAAAGAGGUAUCAUGGAAGAAUGAAUCCGGCAUUAUAACCCCAAAAAAUAUUUCCUGUAUCCCAAUACAACUACAAAAAGACCCAAAAAGGAGAAAAUGACGACGACGGGUAGGAUGAGGCCCAAAAAAAAAGCAAGCAAAUCGGGUCGCAGCAGCAUUUUUUCGUUCUUGUUCCAAGUUUUCAUGACCUUCAAUUGUAUAUAUAUACAUAUAUACCUUUCGCUUUUAUUUUAUAUUAGCUUUUCCCCUCAUUCGCGAAAUGUAUAUCCGCAAUUGUGUCACAAAAAUGCAGAACGGAAAAAAUAAAAGUGGGCAUUAUCAAAGGCUUUCCUGCUUCUCUUAUUCCUUUUUACAUUUAUGUCUCCAUACGUCCAGGACAGUACAUCCAUACCCCCUACUCUGCUCUGCAAAAAAGCUAGGUAAUUACUUUCUGAAACUUGUCUAUUGUUUACCUAUUCCCUUAUUUCUUGAUUAAAAUAUUUAAGCAUCGAUACUAUACUAUCCAUAGAUAUCUUCGAUCAGGGAGCUCGGACAGAAUUGGAUGUGGAACCUUGUGUUUAACGACUGGGUGCGGAGGGCCGCCAAUAAGCUCUUCACCUUCCGAGUGAGGGGCCAGAAAAGGGAGGUAUACUGUUAAUAUGACUUAAUAGAAUGACAGUGUUAAUUAAUCUCUGGUAGUGGCAUAAAUCUCAUGCAUUCUUAUUAUGGAAUCAAUGAUAAUAACUAUAUCUAUAGGAACUCAAGAGAAGAAUCAGAAGAGUUUUCACCUGGAACAAACAAAGCAAGUACUCAUUCCUGUCUUCACUCAAUGACUAACAGCUAUCAAUCAAUCAAUCUAUGCGGGCGGUAAUGCUCUUUCAUGGAAACCACCCACUUGUAGACAACAUUGGAAAGAGGAAAGAAGCUUAUCAAGCGAAUAUUUUUCCUCUAGUGACAAAUAUCGAAGUAAUUCUUUGCCAUUUUGUUUUGUCUACUUUCUGUUUUCUACCUCGUCUACCAUCCAUAAUAUCACUUGAAAUUAAGAAAAGUGAAAAAAAGCAUUUAGAUUGCACCGUAAAACGGAAAUGAGAAAAAACAGGCGUUGAGAAAAGCCAUUGGAUUAGUUAUGUAUAUAGAGCAGUAAAGGAGUAAUGAGAGAUGAAAAAGGGCGACUUCUUUUUAUUUUUCACUGUAAAAUAAGUGAAAUUUUCCCACGCAAAGGAAAUCAUAAAGAAACAAACUAAAUCACAGAAGAGAAAGACACAAAGUAUUGCGAAGAUACAAACAAAAGCAG